ACUGACGAUGGCGAAGUGAAUUUUCGUCGCGGAAAAUAAAAUAUUAUUUUUGCAAAAACAGUAAAAGUAAAAAUACAAAAUGAGUACGAUAGUGAGUGAGCUAAGCAUGAACGAUUUGAACACUAAGUUUUUUGAGAUUAUGCAAAGUGAGAGUAAUGCAGAAGAAGCUGCAAAAUUCAUUUACGAGAGCGUUUUCGAAGAUGUUACUUUGGGGUUCCUUUUCGAGGUCCACCACGGUAUCAAGACUGGUUUGACGGACUUGAUAGAAGGGGAGAAGGAAGACGAAGAGCCCUAUAAGAUUGUAAACUCCCCGGAAUGCGACGUGUUUGGAUUUUCGAUGAUGAAAAAGACCCCAGACACCAACUGUUCGUGUCCAAACUGCGAGAGGCCUGUGUCGGCUACCAGAUUCGCUCCUCAUCUCGAGAAAUGUAUGGGAAUGGGACGUAACAGCUCCCGAAUUGCAUCCCGGCGGAUUGCAUCGAACAGCCGGGAGCCUACUUCAUACGCAGGGCUAUUGAGUGACGAUGAAGAUGAUGCCGACUGGGCCGGCGGCUCCUUGCAGAGUGAGCGCCGCAAGCGCAGGAUCAAGAAUAACAACAACAGGAAGCCGAACAAGUUGCAUAAUGGCAGCAACCGAAACAACAAUGGCACACACAACUCGGACCCCAAUGAUGGAGGGGCCACAUAUGAGACGAUGACAGCUAAUGAGAAGAAGAAUCUACUGCUGCAGAUCUGCGGUGUCGUGUCUGAGCACACUAAGAAGCUGUGCACCAGGUCAACCCGUUGCCCGCAACACACUGAGGAGCAGCGCCGCGCGCUUCGCAACAGCGUUCUGGAACCUUCUACACCGGAGUCAGGUACUAUGGGCUUGGGGGACGAAGCUGGCUCGCCUCCGGACUCGAGUCCGUCUUCGUCGUGCUCGUCGUCAAGCCGUAAGCGCGACCGCCACCGCGUCAAGCCAAAGUCCAAGAACAAACGCGAGCGAAACGCUUCGCCUAACAGGGAGUAGACGGUAACAGAGGCUUCGCUUUAUAAGGUCCUCUUUCGGCGUCCUCAACCGCUCAGAAUGAAGUCUUUUUCUUAAAACACAUAAUAACGAGUUCUUACCGCGUUUAAAGUUCCCGUUAUUAUGUGUUUUAAUUAUGAUAAUAACCGCGUAAACUUAAAACAAUGUAUAAGUCUUUUUCUAUCAAUAACUUUGUAAAAUUCGGUUUUCCAGACACAAAGAUUUAAAAAAGGACAGCCUGUCCGGCCUAACAUCUUGUUUCCGUCCAGAAUGACUAUAUUUUGGAGUAAAAGCACACACUGGACACCCCAUACAAUAAAAUCUCAUUCUUACCGUGUCCGAAUAAGGCGUAAGUGCGAGGGAGACAGACAAUCCGCGCGCUCUCCUUUACUCCUUACAGUCAUUUAAUACUAAAGUAGAACGCAGGAGGGAGAGUUCUAUUCUAUAUUUUGUAAUUAGAUGUGCAAGGUUAAAUUACGGACAUGCUGGCCCCGAUUCUGCAGACACUUCUUAUUUUAUUUUAAGUUAUACCCGUGAUUUUCUUAUUCGCCGAAAACGAAAGGGACGGAUUAUGGACAACUGUUAAUUUUAAAAUUAAAGAAUAACAUUAGCGAAUGAAAUAGGCAUCUCGCGCCAUCCGUUUGACGUGUGCUGUCAACUUAAUUCUGUCGGGUUAUUUAUUGGCCAAUAUAAAAUUCUGCCUAAAAUUGACAUGUGUUUUAAAUUUUAUACCUGUCGAUUAUUAUACAUCCCUUUCCUUUUCGGCGGAUAAGAAAAUGACAGGUAUAACUUAUAACAAACUUUGAUGGUGUGUGCCGGAAUCAGCAUAAUUUUCGUCUAAUAUUAGUAUGGAAGUAUGGAAGAAUUAAACCAUACAAAUAUUUCAGUUGUUAAUUCUGAGAAAGAUUAAAGGACACCAAUGGAAGUGAACCUUAGAAAAGCCUGCUUAGGAUUUGACUGGUAGUUAGAAGAUUGUGAAUUUUGCAAAUGUUUAUGGUUCUUAUUUCUCAUCUAUAUUAAAUUAUAUUAGUAACAAGUCUUAAACCUAUUAUGGGAGUUAUUCUCAAAUGUAUUUAAAGAGGAAUUCAAAUAGUAAUGCUGUCGAUAUUUGAAUGCAAUUUAUUAACAAUGGCUCCCAAACACCUGAUUUUAUUUUAAGUUAUACCCACUGGUUAUACCUGUCAUUGACAACCAGUCGUCACAGAGUAGACAACCAUUACUGCCAAAGUCAAGUACAUAAAAGAUAAUUUCUGGUACGUGUAUCCAAAGUAAUUCCAGUUAUCCGUUGAAAAGGAAGAUACAUCAAAAGUAAAAAUCAUUCUGUGUUCGGAUUUAGUACACAUUUUUGCCACUGGGUGCGCUGAUUGUGCUACGCACUUAGAUAAAAUCUUUUUCUAGGUUUAAGUCUUGAAAUAUUAACACAUAGCGAAUAGACAGAAUCAGUUAGUGUCAAAUACUUAAGAAACCUUUUCCCAAGUUAUCGAGUAAACUGUUAUUCGAUAACUAAUGUAACUAAACUCCGCCUUACCAAUAAGCAAUAAACAAGCGGCGAACGUGUAGCAGUCAAGCAAAGUUCAGUCGAAUUAUUUGAUGAUUGGAUUCAAUUUUGCUUGCCUCUCAAAUACCCACACGUUAACUGGUUGUUUAUUUAUAGUUGGUAAGUCGGUUAUUAUGUGAGAUUUAAGAACCGUAAACUUAGAUUGAUGAUAGUGUGUUUUAUAUCAGUUAAAGGGGAGAAAUAAGUUGAUCUCUGAAGUUGAAAGUUCCAACUCGUUAUAAGUCUUCAAGGCUAGAUUGAAUAGGCAUUUGCUAGGUAAGCGUGAUCCACCCCAAACCACAUCGUCACUUACCAUCAGGUGAGAUUGUGGUCGAACGCGAGCCUGUAUUAUUUAAAAAAGGUACAUCCAUCGCAAGAUGAACUUAGUACCCACACCUCACAGAGCUGUCUGUUAGACCAACGUGAGAGGUGGUGAGCCGUAUCGACGUCUGUAGUGGUAAUAAUUAAUGGUUUAAUAAUUUAAUCGUUUCGUAUAUAAAGCGAAUUUAUGUAGCGUCUUGCUACAUGGUGCUAAUUCUUGUACACACCAUCUAAUUUUAUUUUAAGUUGUACCUGUCAUUUUCUUAUCCGCCGAAAAGGAAAUACACGGGCAUAUAAAAUUUAUGAAACACAUGUUAAUUUUAGGCAGAAUUUUAAAAAACCCUUCCAAAUUUUUAUAUUGUUCAACAACCCGACAAUAAUUAAGUUGAGAGCACAUGUCAUUCGUUCGUCCCUUUCCUUUUUGACGGAUAAGAAAAUGACGGAUAUAACUUAAAAUAAAAUUAGGAGGUGUCUGCAGGAAUCGGGCUAUAUAGUAUAGAUGUAACCAAUUGUUGUUCAAUAUGGCGUCCUUUCAUGCCGUGCUCUGCUGAAUCCAUGUCAAUGUAAACCCCUGCAUUUUCCCAUAGGGUAGUUUCCAACUAGUCAAAUCAGUUCUUUUUGUGUCAUAACACAAAAUUACUACGGAAUUUGUAUGAAAAAGCAACCUAUAACAUCAUAGAAAAUCGUGACAAAAUAUCGCACUUAUUAUUACAUUUUUCUUUAUUAAAAUUCAUAAAUAAGUUAACGAGAGAAAACGUUUAUCGUCAGCUUUAAAUCUGUCUUUAUUUAGUAUCAUUUUAUCUUUGACCUAGGAAACUACCCAAUUAACAUAAGCGUAAGUAGAGAAGACAGUGUCCUUAGUCGAAUAAAGCUUGGCUUUAUGUAUAAAUUGAAAAAUAAAAUAUAAUUUGUGAUCGUAUUCAUUUAUGUACAAAUUAUAUUUUGAAUUUGAUUUAUUUAUUAUAAAUGUUAGUAGUUUAUAGGCGAAAAUAUAAACUUUAGACAUUAUUUUUGAAUCGCUCGCAUUCAAAUCGCGUUCGAAAAAUGUAUACCCAUUUCACGUAGCACACGAGAACUUGUCAUUUGCAAGAUGAGACAGGUAUAUAUUUUCGCAAGCGAAUAGAAGCGAUUCAAAAUAAGUCCCUUGGUCUUGAUGCUGAGAUCAAGACAGUGUAGUCGUAGUAUAAUAACAUCUCAAUGUAGGCUAAGAAAUACAUUCACUGUAGUGUGUAUAUAAAUGUAAUUGAUUGACGAUGUGAUGACUGACCUGUUAAUUUUCAAUAUUGAAUUAAUAAAUUACCAUGUAUACGC